UUUCGAUCACGUGACCACAGCAGGUUAUAUUUAAUGGCGGCCGCCGUCGCUCGCUGCUCUGUGGGUCUCCCCGUCAGGAAAGGAGUGGGUCGUUUCCUGCAAAGAGUUUCAUCUCUCGGAAGGCGGAGUCGCUCCAAAGAUCUUCUGUGUGAGCAACAUCGUAGCUUUUUCUGGCGGAAAUGGAACACUUCUCACAACGUGGUUCGGCCUGCUACUGUUCAGCCAGCCUACGCAGUACCUAAGCACAUCGUGCAGCCUGACUACGUCACCACUGGGCUGGUCCCAGAAUGGCCGGACUACAUCGAGAUCAAGAACCAAGAGCAGAUCGAAGGUCUUGCCAGAGCAUGUCAACUCGCCAGACAUGUACUGCUACUUGCUGGAGGCACUCUGAAAGUUGGCAUGACAACAGAUGAAAUAGACUUUAUUGUGCACCAGGAGACGAUCAGGCACAAUGCUUACCCCUCCCCUCUUGGAUACGGAGGUUUUCCCAAGUCAGUCUGUACAUCUGUGAACAAUGUGGUGUGUCAUGGCAUACCUGACAGCCGCAAACUUGAAGAUGGUGACAUUAUCAACGUCGACGUCACAGUGUAUUUGGAUGGUUACCAUGGUGACACCUCAGAAACCUUCUUGAUUGGUCAGGUGGAUGAGGUUGGGCAGCGGCUGGUGGAAACGGCGAGGAGUUGCAGAGAUGAGGCCAUUGCCAUAUGCAAACCAGGAACACAGCUUUGUGUUAUAGGAAAUACUAUUAGUGAAAUAGCCCAGUCCAAUGGCUUUCAAGUUUGUCCAUAUUUCAUUGGACAUGGAAUAGGCUCGUAUUUUCAUUGCCAUCCUGAGAUUUGGCACCAUGCUAAUGAUAAUGACAUAACCAUGGAUGAAGGGAUGUCUUUCACAAUAGAGCCUAUAGUGAUGGAGGGGUCUCCAGAGUUCAGAAUCCUUAAGGACAAAUGGACUGCAGUGUCGGUCGACAAUAAAAGGUCAGCUCAGUUUGAACACACGGUGCUCAUCACAUCUGACGGAGUGAAGAUUCUCACCAAACUACCAGAAGAAAACAACCUGUGACAGAAAUGGACUAUGACUUCGAAUGGCACAUCAAUUGUGGAUCUAAGCUACUUUUUGUGAUUAAAAUAGAAAAACAGUUAUGGUACCAGCUCUUACCGAAGAAUGGCAAAGACCAAGAUCUUCGAUCGUUAAGCAACAUAGCCUUGUUCUGUAUGGAGCUUGAGACUUGCUGCUAAAGUUGAACUAAUGUGGUUCAGGCAUUUCAUUGUCUUAUAAAUUAUGUUUUUCUUAAGCUAAAUGCCAGUUUUCCUCACAUAAACCUUUAGUGUAACUUAAACUUUAUAAGUUGCAUUAAAAAAAUAAAAUAAUGUCUUUUUUUUUUUU